AGAGUGUCGCGGCAGCAGCGCGCGUCGACUUGGCUUGACGGCGAGGUGGCGGGGCACGUCGGCGAGCAGCUCUCUGAUCGCGGAACGCCGCGGCGCCCAGACACGCGGUUCACGGUGUUCGUCGAGGCGCGCAACGUCGCGGACCCGAGGACUCCGGCAGCAUCCCAGCAUCCCCCCAGCACCGCCAUGAAGACCGCCAGGACGGCGAGGGCCUCCUCCACGAUGCAGACCUGCGUGCUCCUGGCGCUGCUGCAGCCGCUGCUGCUCGCCAGCCUGGCCACCGCCAUCGAGACCUCCGACGUGUCGCCCGACUCGGUGCCGCCGUCUUGUGACAGCGACAUCUACUGCAAGGGCAAGCUCCUGCACGUGGUGCAGACGGCCAAGAUCUUCCCGGACUCCAAGACCUUCGUGGACAUGAAGGUGCGCGAGUCGCCGGAGAUCGCGCUCAAGCACUUCAACGCCAUGAUGGACGAGACGGGAGACAAGCCGACCUUCGAACGAGUGCAGGCCUUCGUCAACCAAACAUUCGAGGACGGCGACGAGCUCGAGGAGUGGGUGCCGAGCGACUGGACGGCGCAGCCCGCCAUCCUGGAGCGCAUCGUGGACGACAAGUUCCGCGACUGGGCGGCCGGCCUCAACAAGCUGUGGAAGACGCUGGGCCGCAAGAUGAAGGCCGACGUGCAGCUCAACCCGCAGCUCUACUCGCUCAUCUACGUGCCGCACGGCUUCGUCAUCCCCGGCGGCCGCUUCAAGGAGCUGUACUACUGGGACUCGUACUGGAUCGUGCAGGGGCUGCUGCACUGCGACAUGUACGACACUGCCAAGGGCGUGAUCGAGAACCUGCUGCACCUGGUGAAGCACCUCGGCUUCGUGCCCAACGGCAGCCGCGUGUACUACGAGGAGCGCUCCCAGCCCCCGCUGCUGCUCGCCAUGGCCCAGGCCUACUACGACAAGACCCAGGACCUGCAGUUCGUCAAGGACAACCUCGACACGCUCGAGCAGGAGUUCAACUUCUGGAUGAACAACUCCAUGGUUGAUGUUGAUAGUAACGGCAAGACGUACAAGCUCGCCAGGUACAUCUUCAUGUCGAACGGCCCCCGGCCGGAAUCCUACCGGGAGGACUUCGAGACCACGGAGGGCUUGCCGACCGAGGACGCCAAGCAGCGCAUGUACUGGGAACUCAAGUCCGGCGCGGCCACCGGCUGGGACUUCUCCAGCCGCUGGUUCAUCGACGACCAGGGCACAAACAACGGCCAGCUGAGGGACCUGAAGGCGACCAAGAUCGUGCCCGCGGACCUGAACGCCUUCCUGUACGGCGCGGCCCGGUCGCUGCAGGAGUUCACCAGGCUGCUGGGGCAGCGCACCAAGUCCCUGACCUACAACACGAUCGCCAGCGAGCUGCGCGAGGCGGUGACGGCGGUGCUCUGGAACGAGGCGGACGGCAUCUGGUACGACUACGACGUGCUCAACAAGAAGCAGCGCCAGUACUUCUACGGCUCCAACCUGGCGCCGCUCUGGUCGGACUGCUACGACCAGAACGACGUCAAGCACAUCUCCGAGAAGGUCGUCAAGUACAUCGAGCACAGUGGCGUGCUGUCGUACCGCGGCGGCACCCCGUCCUCGCUGGCCAACACGGGCGAGCAGUGGGACUUCCCCAACUGCUGGGCGCCGCUGCAGGCCUUCAUCGUGCAGGGCCUGGACAAGACGGGGCAGCCCGACGCGCAGAACCUGGCCGAUGAGCUGGCCCGGCGGUGGCUGCACGCCAACUACAUCGGCUUCGAGCAGAACUCCAUGAUGUUCGAGAAGUACGACGCGGAGAACAUCGGCCGGUUCGGCGGCGGCGGCGAGUACACUGUGCAGGCGGGCUUCGGCUGGACCAACGGCCUGGUCUUCGAGCUACUCGACAAAUACAGCAGCAAAGAUAUUCCCUCGACCGAUGCUCCGACCGGGUCUCCAACCCAAGCUACAACCCCUCGAGCCUCGGGAGCGAGCUCAACAACGGCUUCUGCUCUCAUUGCUUCCAUCGCCACGAUCGUUUUGUACAGUUUUCAAUGAAUAAACUAAGCUUUUUACAGA